GAAGCACCCGGAUGUAACAACACGCAGUUGUGUGGGCCGCGAAGCCGACAAUGUCACCGGCUCUUUGUUUGGAUCAGAAUCGCGGAUAACGGACUGCCUUUUUUUGUGCUCUUCUUGUCGAUUUUGUUUGCAAAACAUUAGAUUUAAUCAUUCUUAUCAUUUCAAACCCAGGCAGAUUAUUUUUUCACUUUUAUUCCGGAUACAUCUCAGGAUUUUUUUUUUUUAAACCCUGCGCUACUUUUUUUCUUAGUAGCUGAAUCGUUCAGAGAAAAGAAAAGGAAAGGACUAGUCAUCGCUAACUAGUUAACCAAACACUGUCUAGAUAGAGAAUUUAAUAACUAACGAUAUGAUCGUGUUAUGUUGUUAGUUCAUUUUUACACGGCUGUCUAUUCCCCUUUCUUUUGUUUGUUUUGUAUGUAGCUCGGUGGCUAACGGAGUUCCAGCUAGCAUCCUUAGCUAUCUCUCAACCGGGAUUUUGUUGAAAUUCUUUUAAACCGCUUUUCAUUCAUUCAUUUAUUUAUUUAUUUAUUUAUUAACGUAACUAACAUUAAUUUUUUUUUUUGGUCGAAAUGUCAUGCUAGCCAUGUUAUCUUUGCACCCCUUUCCCUGCUUGGUAAAACUAGCAUAGCUGGUGUUAGGUUUAGGCUACGCUGUUUAUUAAUAUUUAUUUAUUUAUGCAUUUAUUUAUUAAUAUUAAUGCUGUUAAUAUUUAUUUGUGUGCUUUGAAGCAUGCAGCUGCGUUAGAGUCCAGCUCGGUUUUAACAUUACAGCAGUUUGUUUAGCGUUAUGUCGACCGAAAGAUCUUACUUUUAGUGUUAUUUCGCAUUUCUGUGAACAGUUCCGUCCAAUCAGAGUUCAGAUUUCAGAUGAAAUAAUAAUAAUUAAUUUUAAAAGUGUUAAAAGUAGAGAGGCACAAGAGCGCUAUUAUGGCCAGGGAUUGGGGCAUGAGGAAGAUUUCAUCAUGGACUAAUUCACUCUUCAUCCUCAGUGUGGUCUUCCUCAAUAAAUCAGUCUGCACUCAGCACGGUGAGAACGUGUAUGUGUCCGGCAUCUCCAAUGCGUGUGGAGACGUGGUAGAGCAGAUCAGGGCCUCCAGCGGUGUGAUCACCAGUCCUGGGUGGCCUUUCGAGUAUCCGUCUCGCAUCAACUGCAGCUGGAACAUCCGAGCAAAUCCUGGAGAAAUCAUCACCAUCAGUUUUCAGGACUUUGAGAUCCAGAGCUCACAUCGCUGUGGUUUGGACUGGAUCUCCAUCGGCACCUACAAGAACCUGGACGGUUACCGAGCAUGCGGUUCGUCCAUCCCGGCUCCGUACAUCUCCUCUCAGGACCACGUGUGGAUUAAAUUCCACUCUGACGACACGCUCACUGGCAAGGGCUUCAGACUCUCUUACAUCACAGGAAAGUCGGAGGAGGCAAGCUGCGAGUCGGAUCAGUUCCACUGUGUGAACGGGAAGUGCAUCCCCCAGUCAUGGAGGUGUAACACGAUGGACGAGUGCGGAGACAAUUCGGACGAGGAGCUGUGCGUGCAUCCCAUCCCUCCUUCCUCUUCUUCGUCCUUCUUCUCCUUCCAGCCAUGCUCUUUCGAUCAGUUCCCCUGCGUCUCACGCUACACCCGAGUCCUCACCUGCCUCCCUUCUUCUCUCCGCUGUGACGGCGCCAUCGACUGCCAGGAUCUGAGCGACGAAAUCGACUGUGUCGCCCCAGCAUGUUCUGAGCUCCGCCUCCAAAAUUUUUAUGGGACUUUUAACUCUCCGAACUACCCGGAUUUCUAUCCUCCAGGGAGCGACUGCACGUGGCUAAUCGAUACUGGAGACCGCCGCAGAGUCGUCUUGCGCUUCCUGGACUUCAAACUGGACGGAACUGGUUACUAUGGAGAUUUUGUAAAAGUCUACGACGGCUUGGAGGCGGAGCCUAGACGCCUCCUUAGGGUCCUGACCGCCCUCGAUUCACGCACAUCUGUCGUAACUAUCAUUUCGUCAUCAGGGCAGCUCCGCGUGCACUUUUACUCAGAUAAGAUCAACACAGCACGAGGAUUUAAUGCUACGUAUCAGGUCGAAGGAUUUUGUUUGCCCUGGGAGAUGCCAUGUGGAGGAAACUGGGGGUGUUACACCGAACAGCAGCGCUGCGAUGGAUACUGGCACUGUGCUAAUGGCAGAGAUGAGCUAAACUGCAGCGGAUGCGGCGAAGACGAGUUCCCGUGCUCGAGAAACGGCGCGUGUUACCCACGAUCUGACCGCUGCAACUAUCAGAACCGCUGCCCCAAUGGCUCGGAUGAGAAGAACUGUGCUUUUUGCCAACCCGGGAACUUCCACUGCAGGAACGGCCGCUGCGUGUUCGAGAGCUGGGUGUGUGACGCACAGGACGACUGCGGUGAUGCCAGCGACGAGGACGCGUGCCCUGUCGCCGUGCCAACACGCGUCAUUGCAGCCGCAGUUAUUGGCAGCCUGGUGUGCGGCCUGCUGCUCGUCAUCGCGCUCGGCUGCACCUGCAAACUCUACUCCCUCAGGAGCUUCGAGCGCAGGUCGUUUGAGACGCAGUUGUCCAGAGUUGAGGCGGAGUUACUGAGGAGAGAAGCUCCGCCCUCAUAUGGCCAGCUUAUUGCUCAGGGUUUAAUCCCCCCUGUGGAGGAUUUCCCAGUCUGUUCUGGCAAUCAGGCUUCCGUGUUGGAGAAUCUCCGGCUGGCCGUUCGCUCUCAGCUCGGCUUCACCUCCAUCCGCCUCCCUUCAUCUGGUCGCCAUGGUAACGUCUGGCGCCGGCUCUUCAACUUCACACGCUCUCGCCACUCCGCCUCUUUAGCACUGGUGUCCUCUGGAGCAGGUGUGGAGUCGGAUUCAGGAAGCGGGGCUAACGGCGUUGGAAGCUCCGCCCACAUUUCGGAGCGUCUGGACUCAGACGACUCGGAGAGCGAGCAGCAGGGUGCGGUGGGCGGAGCAUCGGCUUCUCUUCUGCCUCAUAAAACCCCUCCUGCUGCCACCGUCGUGUCCGUUUCCGCGAGUGCCGCCCCACAAGCUGUCGCCGAGAGCGACGAAAUAGUGGUCCCUCCUCCUAAUGGACGGGGCUCGUUUGUGGCUCGUGGGCUACGCUGGGUCCGAAUGUCCCUCGGAUCUCGUUUUGCGCAGCAGAACCGAAGCCCUCUCAGGCAGAUGCAGAACGGAACAACGGGCGAAGAAGACGACGACGAAGAUGUCGAGCUCCUCGUUCCUUUAACCGACACCUCGGAGGCACCCUCCGCCGCUCCCUCGCUCCGAGGCAGGCCGGCGAUUCGGGACGGGCCCUGCGAACACUGCAGGAUAGUUCACACGGCUCAGAUUCCCGACGCCUGCUUAGAGGCCACGACUAGAACAGAAACCAGCGACGACGAUUCUCUUUUGCUUUGUUAAUCCUCAGUUCAACCCGCUUUGCCUUCGCUUCCUCACUCUCCCUAGCAAGGGAAAGUCUGAAUGUUUUUGGACACCUGCCCUUACCCGUGACCUUUCCAAGAGCUUCAGAUGACGCAGUUCUGGUGACGCUGUCUCCCCUCCACUGUGCAGUUUCCCGUCUCUGGUUUCGCUUAAGCGGUUAAAGUGGUUGUUCGGUGGUUAAGAUGACCGGAUGGUUUUAUUUCGAAUCCCAAGACUGACACAGGGCCACUAACCCAUUAACCCCUUAACUGUUCAGCCGUAAGCUUGGAUUGAUUUACGCCUCACUGGUAUGACAUCUGCCAAAUAGGUUGGUUUUUUGACCUUUUCCUGCAGAGGGAAAGGGUUUGGGAUAUACCCUCGGCAGAAUGGGAGAGAAAACCUAAUGGGAGAAAAAAGAGCUUCUUACAGUUUGCGAGAGCUUUUAAACACACACUGGUACUUGAGGAAACUAGACUGUUCGGACGCUUCAGGAGGUCAGUUGAGUAUCGAAUCUGAAUCUGAUGUCAUCGGAAAGGUACAUAAUUAUCCAGACGGUACGUUACAGGUGAGCUGCCAGAGCUCUUCGGUCAGAUCUAAAGGCAUAGUGAGAUUUUUUUGCAGUUAGAGCAGAUUAUUUAUAACGCAGUGUGAAUUAAGGAGUGACUAUUUUUAAGGAUGUUACGUUCUAUAACAGCCACCAAUGUUGUGUUGUAUUUAUUGUUUCUUUACUGCUUAAUGUUUUGGUACUGAAAACUCGUAUGGGAGAGUGUGUGUGUGUGUGUGUGUGUGUGUGUGUGUGUGUAUUUAUUACUGGUUUUAAUUUCAGUAGUGGUUACUUGAGAAGCAUGUGACAUUGUCUUGUGCUUUUUUGCUUUUUCUUUUUCUAAAAGUGAUUAUUGUGUACGAAGGUAAAUGUAUAUAAAUAUGCGUAACUGGUUACUGCAUUAAAGAAUAAAGUAUUCCAUCCCAUGUCAGUUUACGCAGCAUCAUUAAACGCAAAUGUGUGUGUGUUCUGUUUAGUAUUUUUGUGCUGAUGUGAUGCUAGAGAGCAGAUGGAUAUUUACACACAAACACUUUGCAUUAGAAAACGUACCUUUUGCCUACAUUCCAAGUAUUUUGUCUUUAUUCUGUCUAACUAUUUGAGACUUUUAUUUAUUUAAGCAGUUUGUUGUACGUUAUGUUAUAUUCAUGUGUAAUGUUGAACGCCCACAAAACAAAUUGGUUUACACUCUCAUUCAUGUUCUAACAUAUAUAAAGUCACCAGCCUUCUUUCUUUCAAACAAAAAACACAACCUUCAGAAACCUCUUCUCUUUUGUAAAGAUUUUCCCUGGUUGAAAAUCCUAACACCUUUCCAUACACGUUAAAUAAACGUCU